AUGGCGGAAAUUGCCGGGACAAUUGCGGAAACUGCCGGGCGGCAGCUCAAGAAGAAAGUCGUCUCGCAGAGGCUGCUCAAGGCCUUGGAUUCUUAUACAAGAUUGGCUGAAGCACCUACGCUGAACUUUGAGGAAAUUGCAGAGGCAGAGGCAGAGGCAGCUCGUAUAGCAGAGGAACAGGCAAAGGCAGAUCGUUUGGCACAGGAAAAGGCGGCACAGGAAAAGGAAGAGGCUGAUCGUUUGGCACAGGAAAAGGAAAAGGCUGAUCGUUUGGCGCAGGAGAAAGUAGAGGCUCGUCGUUUGGCACAGGAAAAGGAAAAGGCUGAUCGCUUGGCACAGGCGAUUAAGGAAAAGGCUGCUCGUUUGGCACAGGAGGCAGAGGAGAAGGAAAUGGCUGCUCAUUUGGCACAGGAGAAGGAAAAGGCUGAUCGUUUGGCACAGGAGGCACAGGAGAAGGAAAAGGCUAAUCGUUUGGCACAGGAGAAGGAAAAAGCUCAUCGUUUGGCACGGGAGAAAGAAGAGGCCGAUCGUUUGGCACAGGAGAAGGAAGAGGCCGAUCGUUUGGCACUCGAGAAGGAAAAAGCUGAUCGUUUGGCACAGGAGAAAGAAGAGGCCGAUCGUUUGGCACAGGAGAAGGAAAAGGCUGAUCGUUUGGCACGGGAGAAAGCAGAGGCCGAUCGUUUGGCACAGGAAAAGGAGAAGGCAGAUCGUUUUGCAGAGGAAGCCACACAGGCAGGACACUUGGCCGAGGCACUAAAGGCUCAAACAGAUGCCUUGGAGACGCAGCUGGAUGAGGAUUUGCAAAAGCAGAUCACAACAAAGCCGGGCUUGUGCAAAGUAGCCGCAGCUGCAAAGCAUGCUCCCGCCAGUGUUGCUCCGAGCGCCAUGAAAGCCAGGGACCAGUUUCAAGCUGGUGGCAAAGAGAGAGAGAACGUGUACAAGUUGUUCGCACAGUGUCAGCACAAUCCGGAGAUCUUUAUGAACAAGUACAGCGCCACCCACGAAAAGGAGAGCGAGCUACAGGUGUCUGUGGAGUUUGAGUACUUGACCAAGAAGGAGAUGGCUGAUGAUCACAACAUGUCGAAGAAGACAGACCGGGUGAAAACGUCCGAGACAAGGGAGAUCGAGGCUGCCGGCGAGGGAACUGAGGAGAUGGAUGUGGAUUUGGGUGAAGCUUUGGAGCUACCCCCAAGUCAACAACCAACAACGCUUGCUGAUGCUGCAGAUGGUUUGACACAGACACCGCCACCGAAUGAGGAGGUCAGCAAAUUGUUGAAGCGCUUGGGCUACCCAGAGGUUCAUGACUGCAAGGCCUCUGCUUUGAUUGACAAGGCCGUUGGUGCUUGCACUAAACGGUUGAAGAAGCUUGCUGAGCUGCUACCGUCUGACAGCUGCCCCCCACCUGAUCCCGCAGCCCAAACCGCGAACAUGGACCUCAAAGAGAAGACUUGCCCUCAGCCGAUGUACAACAAGAUCCGGUCGGUCUACACAGCCGUGGACUCUUGCUCCGAGGCACUCGAGAAGUACAAGGCUGAUGGUUUGGUGGAUGGCUUUACUGAGCAGUACCGCUUUGGAUUUAUAGGUGCGAAGGGUGAUGCCGAAUGGCACUUCGAUGCCGGAAGCUUCAAUAGAUCGUAUCAUCGGAUCGGCCCUGUAAAUCCUGCGAAGAUUUGCCCUUGGUGUGAUGCGGGAUCCGAAGGCUUCCCGUAUACUGAUGUUUCCAGUGCGCCCAAGUGGCUCGAAACGGUGGGUGCUUCGGAUCCAUGGGACGAAGACCCUCCCCUGUCUGCAAUUCCCUUUUCGGAAAGCUUCGGUGCAUUUAUGUACAAGAAUGAUCCCUUCCAUGUAUUGAAGUUCGGAAUCUUUAGGGAUGCCACUGCCAGCUGUGUGACAAGAUUGGCCCAGCUAGGGUUUUGGGACUUCGAUUCCGAAAAUGAGCUGCAGAACGUCCCGGAUCGGCUUUCCAGAGCUUAUGGCUGUUACCGCUUGUGGUGUGCUGCAAACAAGAAGCUGCCAGCGCUGAAAGGUUUUACGAGAGCCAACAUGCAUUACGAUACCAAUUCGGCCUUCGCCUGGUUCAAUACUAAGGGCAGCGAGGUGGUGAUAUUACUGCAGUGGCUCGACUUUCAGGUGUCACUUUUCCUACGGGAUGUCCAGGUUGAGAACCACCGGGCAGAGUUGUCAGCAAUGAAGCAGUUGGUUCGUGGUGGCCUCGACUAUAUUGGCAUAAUGCACUCCCACGGCAUAUGGUUGCCUCAAAGUUGUGCCCGUGUCAAACUGGACAGUGGCUUGACUUUCGCCAGGGGCUAUGCCUACAUGGCUAGUGCGCCCGUGCUUGCUGAUGGUUCGGGGCGCCGCUUUGCAGCUGAUAAUCUGCAUUGGUUGAGCGGAGCAGGGAAAGCUCUAUGGCUGAAACCGGCGGCAGCGAUCUUCAGGGCGCCUCGCAGGAUGCUCCGGCAGAAGAUCAACGACAGCAGUGGCGGCAGGCGGAUUGGCGAGCCACUCCAUCAAAUGCUUGGUGGGGAGCUCAGUGGCAAGCUGAUCCUUGGAGCUGGCAGCAGCACAAUUGGGCCUCCUAUGCAGGAGGAGGAUGGAAUGACAGUCAAGGCCAAUGCCACCUGGGGGACAGAUUCGGCGGGUCAGCAAAAGACCGGUUCGCAGCAAUCUGCAACAGCUGAGAGUUUUGAGAGCUCGGCUGGAAGUGGUGGUGAUGAUGCGGCGAGAAGGCAGUCGGCGUCUACAGCCGAUGAUGUAUGGAUGGCGGCGGAGGCAACCGGGUCUACGGAUGAGGACCAUGCCUCGGCUUCUUCAGCGAAGGACAGCAGCGGGACGAAAUCUAGUGGGAAAGAUUUCAUUCCUGAGUAUGAUGGCUCUGGCCCUAUGCGCGAGUACCAGCGGCGAGUGAAGCUGUUUGAACUGAGUACGAGUAUAGAUGCCACGUUUCGAGCUCAGAAGCUCAUGGAGAAGCUCACGGGGAAUGCGUGGCUGGCAACUGAGUCGAUCCCUUUGGAGUCUUUGAAGCACCCUGAUGGUGUGAAGAGGCUCAUGGAUCACCUGUGGAAGGAGCUCGAGCCGCUGGAGUUUCUUCGGACUUUUCAGACGCUGGCUGAUUUUUACAAGUCUUUUAGACGGACGCCAGGACAACAGUACGUCGCCUAUGACAUGGAGUUCCGCAGACAUGCGCAGCGACUGGAAGAGAUAAAUGCUGGGAUAUCUGGAGUGACCAAGGCCUACUGGUUUCUGGAAAAGGCUGGCUUAUCUCAGGAGCUGCGAAAGCAGGUGGUGGCGGCGGCUGGCGGCGAGUAUGACUACAGCAAGCUUCGCUCUGCAGUUAUGGCCAUAGUUCCUCAGGUGAACAAGGAGGAAGAUGGUGGCCAUUACCAUGGCGGAGGAGCGAACAGGCAAUGGAGGAAGUCGCCGGCCAAGGUCCAUGCAACGACGGAGGACUCUCCCGCUCAGCCUGAGGAUGACGAUGAGUCCCAGAUGGUUCCGGAGUUGUUGGAAGAGGAGUUGCAAGUGCUCCUCACUCAGGCGGCCCACAAAAGGGCCCAGGUGGAGAAAGCACGCGGGUUUUCGUCAGGCGGCGGUGGCAAAGGCGGUGGAAGGAGAGAUGAGACACCUGAGGCCAGAGCUAAAAGAAUAGCUGAGCUUAAACAAAAGAUGCCUUGCUCAGCGUGCAAAUCGCGGGGCCGUACCAGCUACGGCCACUGGCACUCAGAUGUGGAGUGCCCUUUCCACCCCAACCAUGGUGGGAAGCAGGUGAUGGCCGUGAUCGAAGAGGAGCUCUCCGACUCCGACGAAGAUUACGGUCCUGACCCCAAUGAUGUCUUCAUGGCGCAAUGGGGCGGUCUGGACAUGAAGGAUGAGUACUGGUGUGCGAGUGCAGUGUCGCAUGCGGCCGACAUAGCAGCAGAGGAUUGUCUGCUGGCGUUGUCAGACACCUGCUGCGCUCGCACAGUGGCGGGCGAAGCUUGGGCGAAUGCUCAUAUGAACCACCUUCAUGAGGCCGGCCUGGACGUGUACGUGGUGAACGAGGCAAGGCCCUUCAGGUUUGGAGCUGGACCACGUAUCAUGUCGAAGUACAGCAUUGUGGUCCCACUUAACCUCGCUGGAGCUACGAGUGUACCGUGGUUGCGUGUGAGUGUGGUGGAGCAAGCUGUACCUCUUCUUAUGAGCAAGGCCGCUCUAAAGUCCCUCGGGGCUUGUCUGGAUCUUGGCGAGGCACGGGUCGCUUUCUCACGGCUUGGAACCAGUUUGGAGUUGGUGGAAACGGAUGCCGGCUUGUGUGGUUUCGUGAUAAACAAGAGCCGGAGUGAAGGCGUGGAGCAGCCUGAGUUUCCACCGGUCCAGAUGCUAGAGGGCGAGAUGGAGGUUUCGCCAGAUGGGUUCCAGAAUGAGCUGACGUGGGAUGAAGGUGACAACGCGGUGAAUGUAUGCCCGUCAGCUGAGCGAUCGGUGCGCCCGGCAAGGAACGACUGUGAGGAACUUGCUCGGGGUCUGUUGGAGGCUCGGGAUUUCACUUACGAGAGUUUGGAGGGCCUCCUUGCGCACUUGCCGAUGAUGAGAGAAGAAAAGCAGAGGGACAUCAAUCAAGGAAAAGAUCCCCGGACACAAGGGAUUAUGGCCGGUUUGUGGGCCCACGGUGGUUUCUACGGGGUCACGAACAAUGCCAGCGACUAUGAGGCCACGAUCCGCUACUUGAACAUGUUCAUGCGAGACAAAGUGGGAGAAGGCCAAUGCUGGACUUCGAUCGUGGCCAUGAAGAACGUGAAGAUGGGUUUUCACAAGGAUCGAAACAAUGCUACGAGCAGCGUUACUGCCACUGUGACCUGUGGAGAUUUCACUGGUGGUUUGCUGUGGUUGGCAGAUGCGGACGUUCCUACUGAUGACCCGUCCCGUUGUCAGAGGAAAGAUCAAAAGUCUCGACUCGUCACUGGCAGGACUGUGGACACGAAGUACCAGCCUUUCCUCCUUGACCCCAAGGUUGCCCAUGCGACUCAGCCUUGGCAGGGACUGUUGUGGCUCAGCCGAAAGCUAGCAGUGAAAGAUCUGACGCUCAAUAUCCCGGUGAUCCUGUUGGACCUGAUGACGCCGAAGUACACCAUGCCGAAGCGGAAGGAGGAGUUUGUGGGCGCAAUCAGCGUCCGCACCGGGCUGGCCAAGGAAGAGCUCCGGAGGCACGAUUGCGAGCGCCUCAAACAGAUUUGGACAAUGGUCAAGCCGAAGAAACCACAGUCUCCCUUGCCGACGGGAUGGAAAAAGAUGGACGUCACCUCUCUGAAGGACAUCUACUCGAACGAUGUUCGGGAGGACUUGAACAGAGCAGCCGACGGGCAUUGGGUACGCUGGUCCCGCCCGAAGUUGAUCACAGAGAUCGAGAUGUGGUUGGCGGAUGUGAUGGCCGACAUGCCCGACGAGGACCUGUACCACGACACACCCCUUUGCGGGGUGUGCAAGAUACCGAUGCUGGUAAGAACGAACCGGCUGACUCGGGAGGAGUUUUACGGCUGCGUCAGGUACCCUCUGUGCACCCAGACGUUGCCGCUGACGUACGGAGGGCGACCGACAAAAGAGAUCCAAGAUGCGAUGACCGAGCAGGCGGAGGUCCAUCGCUGGAAAGGCACGAAAGGGACUGGACGUGGCUAUCAAAAGACCGAGGCCAGUCCGGGUCCACGGCGCAAGGCCCCGAGUGCGAUGACCGAAUUCCGAGGAGAUUCGUCCGAUGGCUCUUGGGCACGAGCGGGGAGGACGGCGAUCGAGGAAAGCGACGAGGAGACCGAGAAGGAGAAGACGGUCAUCAACACGAACGUCACCGAGGAGGAGAUGACGAUCUUGAAGGAGAUGAAUCAGUCCGAGGUCAGACGGUGUAUUCUUGAAGGUGUUCAACGUCGUAGGGCUGCUAAGCGCGGUUUGGUGAAAAGAUUCCUUGGCAAUGCAAAGGCAAUUGCGGCAGCAGUUCUGAUCACUACUGCUGCUUCAUUCGGGAAGGCCGUGCAAUCCUUUCCUUUGGCAUCUGCCAUUCGGCCAGAUGUGUUAGAAGUGUUUGCCGGAGAAGCACAGGUGACGAGUAGCUUCAGUAGGUGGGGUUGGAAGGCUGCACGUCCGACGGACCUGAAUCUCGGUGAUGGCCUGUAUGAUGUGAGUGGGAGAGAGCGACUCUUGGAGUGGAUAGAUCACAAUCAGCCUCGUUUGGUCGUCCUGUCGUAUCCGCGAAGAGUGUAUGAGUCUGUGGUUUCCCGUAGCGAAUCGUCGCAGGAGAAACGAAGAAUGUACCGUAAGUUGUGUAAGCAGCGAGGGGUGUUCGACCUAGUGGAACAAGUGUUUCAGAAACAACUCAGUCGCGGAGACGAUGCCCUUGCUGAGGAUCCAGUUGCCCAAGGCUCUUUCAGAGACGGUGCGCUCAAGAGAGUACGUGAUCAUCCAGCAGUCUAUACCGUUGUUGCUCAGGGUUUGUCUGGCAUGCACUCCCAGGUCAGAACUAGAGAUGAUAAUCCGAAGCCCGCUCUCUGGAUGAGUACCGCUGUGGAGAUUUGUCAGGAGAUCGCUCUAAGGUGUCCAGAUUUGUCUGGAGACAAGACUACAUCUUCACGACGUGUCGCGGCAGCUAUCUGCAAGGGUUACGUGAAGACUCUUAGGAGAAAAGACCCCGGUAGGAUUCGACGGAUGAUUCGUCAGGUGGCUGCUCGGAUACGGUACAGUAAGGAUCCCGAACUGAUACGUGACCUGAGAUGGAAUGAAAAGAACGUUGCUAAGGCUCUUGGUAGGUGGAGUGCAGUUUUUGCUGUUGGUUCUCCUGAGGGAGACCAACUCUCAGAUACAGCCAUGCCACAAACCCUGGAGGACUCAGACGGCGACGAGGAAAUGAUCGCCGAUCCUCCGGAGGAGAGUGGUCCUUCGAGCCUCCGCACUGGACUUGCUCACGACGGGAUUACUUUUGAGGUGCCGCCUGGCAGAAAGCUGAGCCGGGAAGUUCAGGAUGGGCUGAAGAAAGCACACUGUAACCUUGGCCAUCCCAGCAAAGCUGACCUUCAACGGUUUCUGAAGCUUGGUGGUGCUAAGCAAGAGGUUGUAGAGGCUGUGGGAUGGAUGCGGUGUGUUUCAUGCGCCCAUGCUGUUAAACCCAAAGCACAUCGUACCGCAAGUAUUCCUCCAUGCUCUGUCACGUUCGGAGAUGAAGUGCACUUAGACUGCAUCUGUGUGCAUGAUAGCGGGGCUGAGAGUCAUUGGUAUCUCUCCAUAGUCGACCGUGCGACUAGCUAUCAUAUUCUCGAACUGCUUAGAGAUCAUACCCCUCUCGAGUUUAACAAAGCGUUUGACAGGGCAUGGUCGAAGUGGGCAGGACCUCCUAUCCGAGUCUGUGUCGAUUUCGAAGGAGGGUUUCGCGGAGUUGAGUUUUGGCAAAGUGUUUCGGAAGCUGGAUCUUCCCUGGUUUCCAUUGCCGGAACAGCUCACUGGCAAGGGGGCAAAGUUGAGAGGCACAAUCAAACGGCUAAAGAUAUGCUUCGUACUGUUAUCCGACAAACAGGGGCAAAGGGAAGAGAAAGCAUGCGAACCGUUGGUCGUGAAGUUGCCUGGGCUAAGAACACUUUGGUUCGAGAGCAUGGCUGGGCCCCGGUUGCCUUAGUUUUCGGGAGAGAACCUAGGGUGUAUGGGGAGUUACAUGCUGAAGGCGAAGCCGUGGCUUUCCAUCCCAGAGUGGGUGAUUCUCGGAGCGAGGUUGCGCAACGGAUGCAGCACAGGUACCAUGCCAAACUCGAGUACAUUAAGUCCCAAGCUAGACAGAUGUUGGCUAGGACUGCUCACAACCGUGUCCGAAAGAUCACCCAGCCUAGAGUUGGCCAACUUGUGUUUUUCUGGAGAGGGGAGCGUAAGAAGGAACCAAGUAGAUGGGUAGGCCCUGGCUAUAUAGUGGGGCUUCAGGGACCUAACGCUUGGGUUGCUGUCGGAGGUAGAUGUUUUCUGGUUGCCGGGGAACACCUUCGGGAGGCUUCAGGUGAUGAAAGACAUUACGGUGAUCCCCAGAUUCAGAAGGCCAUUGCUCUUUUCAAGAAGAUUCCCAAGGAGGCCACUUUCGAGGAUUUGACCCUUCAGCAGGACCCUACUGAAGAACCGAUGGAAGUGGAGGGUCAAGAUAUCGUCAAGGAAGUUUCGGCUGAUGCUGGGAAUCUCCAGGAAGGUUUGCAGGGUCUUCCUGACCACAUGCGCAAGCUUGUCGCGAAGAUAGGCUGGCACUUGGAUGAUGCUGGUAGUCCGGUGUUGGUGACUAGGCAAGCUUGGGCUUUUCGAACUCCUGAGACGAAGUACGAACUUCAUCGAUACCCAUAUCGUACUACUUGGGGACGGUUUCGUGGAGAGUGGAUGUGUCUUGAGAAAGAAGUGAAGUGGUUCGAACUGGACAACCCCAAUAGUUACCUUCCCCAGACUCCUGCUGAGAUUCUCAUCACCGUCUUUCAGGGCAGGACCAAGAGAGAGAUGUGUCUGGAAGAUGUUCCACAUGGGAUCAAGAAGAAGAAGGCGUCACAUCAGGUGCAUACCGUGAGCUAUGGAAAAACGAUUGGCAAGAACAAGCUCAAACGCAUGAUGGACAAGGAGAUUCCUUAUGAUAAGAUACCGAAUGGGGAAAAGGAAUUGUACCAUCAAGCUCAGGAAAAGGAAUGGGAGAGUUGGCGACAGUACGAGAGCUGUGAGAUCCUGAAUGAAGAGGAGAGUCAGAGAGUGCUGAGAGAAAGCCCAUCGAGAGUCCUUCCUAGCCGUUAUGUCUACCGGAACAAGAAUGCUGGACUGAUUGAUGAGAAAGGAGUUCCGUUACCAACUCGCGCGAAAGCGCGAUUAUGCUUGCAAGGACAUCUGUGUCCUGAUGCCAGGACGGGACAAGUUCAGGUGGACUCUCCUACGGUGGAGAGAGUCUCCACCAUGCUUUUUCUUCAUGUCGCUGCUAGCUUUGGGUGGAUUGAGAACUGGUUCAUCGGUGACAUUAGCAAUGCCUUCUUACAGGGAUCGCCAUUAACUGGGAAGGAACCGAUGUACAUGAAACCACCUAAGCAGGGAUUGAAAGGGGUCGGACCAAACCAGAUCCUCCGUCUUCUCAAGCCUGUGUAUGGUAGACCUGAUGCCCCUAGAGCUUGGUAUGAGGAACUGGCGAGGGUUUUGACUGCCGAAUUCGGUUUCGCCAAGUCUUACAUUGACCCAGCUGUCUUUAUGCUCCGAAAUGAGAGAGGCAUACUGUGCGGUAUCAUGGUCAUACACGUUGAUGAUCUUAUGGUAUGUCAUGACGGUUCGGAGUUUGCCAAAGGCGUGGUUGACAGGUUGGGGAAGCGUUUUCCAUUCGGGACUUGGGACCGAGUUCCUGAAAAGGCUAGUGGAGUUACUUACUGUGGUAAAGAGAUCCGCUUGCGAGAAUGCGAAGGUGAGAAGUGCAUCAGUCUUACCCAGGACGGUUUUAUCGAUGGACGAUUGGAAGAGAUGGAGAUAGCUAAGGAUCGCAAGCGGAAUCCAGAGUUGCCGGCUUCAGCAGAGGAGCUGGCAGAUUACCGAUCCAUUGUGGGAAGUUUGCAGUGGAUAGCUACCCAGUCGCGUCCUGACCUGAGUUUCGAGACUAAUCAGUUGCAGAAGCGAGUCAGUGACCUCAGGGUAGGCGACUUGGUGCGUGCCAACAAAGCUGUCAAAGAGGCUAAGCAGCAUCGGAUGGAGCUUCUCUUCAAGAAUCUAGGUCGAGACGCCCAAUUAAUCGUGUAUACAGACGCCGGCUUAUACUCAAGUGUGGGAGUGGAGAUCGAAGAGAAGGAAGCUGAUGACAUCCUGCAGUCCUCUUUCGACAAGAGACUUGUCUUCUCGCAGAAAGGCGCCGUGGUCGGAUUCGUUAAACGAGGGUCGACUGACGUGCGUAGUGAACAUGCUCACUUGAACAUUUUAGAUUGGCGAAGUAGCACUAACAAGAGGGUUAUCGAAUCCAGCUUCGCCGGUGAAACGCAUGCGGCGCUUAUGGCUCUGGGAAUGGGUCACUUCAGUCAGGUUCUGAUGAGUGAACUGAGGUUCGGAUCCGAAGUUGUGGGUAGUGUUGAAGAUGAUGGAUGGAAUGAUCUCACCCCGAUGACCUUGGUGACGGAUUGUAAAUCUAUCUACGAUACGGUUCACAAGGACGGGCAGCACAUUAGUGAUAAAGCUUCGGUGAUCCAUGCAGUGCUUCUGCGUCAAAUGCUGACGACGAGAGACGCACAAAAGACAAAGCUCUUGUGGGUUCCUACUAGGCAUCAGAUAGCCGAUGGUCUUACUAAGGGGGGCCGGUCCAAAGAGUUACGAGAGCAAGUCAAGUGCGGAAGGAUCGUGACCAUGAACCUGGCUAACCCCAACAAGAACGUCGUCGCCAGCGUUGAUAUGGUCAGCGCCCCCCUCGCUGGCCCCAUCCCCGUCGACUCUAUUGAGCUCGCCGAGUUGGGCCCUGCCGACGCCGACAAUGUCCCCGAGGAAACCGCUACUACCAGCGAGAGGGCUAAGACUGCCCGCGGGCUCUCCGACCGCGCCAAGGAGAGCCUCUUCCUCCUGGGCAUAGCCCUCUACGAGAGGGGUCACGCCCAAACAGAGGGCCCUCACUGUUGCAACAUCAAGCCGCACUUUACCGCGACUGGAGGAGAGUUUAUGUAG